ACUAGGAAACGCUGCUUUAUACGGAAGUGAAAUAAACGGUGGCAACACUGUUAUGGUGACUUGACAGCACUCAGAACGUUGAGCUGAGCUUAGGAGGACUGCGAGAUGUCAUUUUCUUCUUGUUACAUCGGCCGGUUUAGGAGGACUCUCGCACAAAUACAUUCCACAACCACUGGUUGUUUAAAUCACCAAAUAAGCUAUUAUCAGAAACCUGUACACCGUACGUGUACAUGGAUGAACACACAGACGAGACUUCGAAGCUGUAGGACGCAGCACAAUAGCACAAGGAAAUUGGUGAGCAACAGAGAGGAGGAAAAAUUAGUGAUAUGCAUUGAAGGCAACAUCGCUAGUGGGAAGACAACAUGUUUGGAGCAUUUCAGCAAAACGAGUGAUAUAGAGGUACUGACAGAACCAGUAUCUAAAUGGAGGAAUGUUCAAGGGCACAACCCUCUGGCUUUGAUGUACCAGGACCCAUUUCGAUGGGGGCUGACCCUGCAGACCUAUGUACAGCUGACAAUGUUGGACCGACACCUCUCCACAGUAUCGGCUCCUGUACGAAUGAUGGAAAGAUCCAUCUACAGUGCCAAGUACAUCUUUGCGGAAAAUCUUUACCGAAGUGGGAAGAUGCCAGAUGUGGACUUUACUGUUCUGAGCGAAUGGUUUAAUUGGAUCACUCAGAAUAUUUACCUUCCUGUGGAUCUAAUUGUUUACCUGCAGACAACACCACCGAUCUGCUAUGAGAGGCUGAAGGAAAGGUGCAGGGAGGAGGAGAAAAUGAUUCCCAUGGAGUAUUUGGAAGCAAUCCAUCAGCUGCACGAAGACUGGCUGAUUAACAAGACAUUGUUUGAAGUCCCUGCUCCUGUUCUCGUGAUACCUGCAGAUCAUGACCUUCCAAAGAUGCUUCAUCAAUAUGAGGCGAACAGAGAAAAAAUUUUAUUGGCCAAGAAUGCAUAACUCGGUGGAUAAAAUCUACUGCAAAUCUAUUGGUUGCAGAUAUGGUGCAAAUCUUUUAGUAUUUAUUCUUUUUUUAAAGUCUGAAAGUAAAUUUUGUAUUGUUGCUAUUCAGUUUAGAAGAUUUUCUCAUUUUGAGUCAUGUUGAACAUGAAAUACUUUCACAAUCUCAUUGUCAUAGACAGCAAACAUUAUACGGACUGCUUGGAUUUGGAAAAAGUUUUUAAAAAUUUUAUUUACAUUACCUAUGGUGUCAUGCCACAACUGUACUUAGCAAUUGUAAUGUAUAGCUACCUCUCACCUCAUGAUGUUAGUUAGCAGUCAAGUGCUUGGGUAACCGCACUGAAGUAGCUCCUAUAAAUCAUAAGCACACACCAUUAUUAGGAUAUUUAUUAUAUUUUAAUUUGAAUAUUCACUAGUUACUACGAUGUGAAGUUAAUUUUUUUGUCCUGUAAGUUAAGCCAUUUUAUUACUGGGGCCACUCUUUAGGUUUUCUAUCAGUCAUACAGUGGAUGACGUCAGUUUUUUUCUGAUAGCAGUUUGUUGAAGAAAUAAGUAGUAAAUUAUGUAUUCAUGUACAUAUCACUGCUGUCAUUUAUAAUAAUAAAAACUACUUGAGUUUUAUCUUUCAUAGUUUCGCAAGUAGCUGAAACUAAAAUAUUUUGUCUAAAAUAUUUACUCUUGAAUUUAACUUAUUUGACUGGGAACAACUCUAUUGUGAUGCUGAAUCAUGCCUAUCAUGCCUAAGGUGGCUCAGGCUUAUGUUGGUUCAAUAAAAAAUCUGUCUUUUCCUAA